CCACAGUCAGGCUCCUCUCCUUGAGCUGAGUGCCCACGCGCCCGGCCUCAGUUUCCCCAGUCUCCUGGGGGCUCUGCACUUUUCUCUGGAAUGCCACCGCCCCUUCGGAAUUGGUUCAUUCAGCCUGUCCCCAAGGGGCAGACCCAGUGUCCCCAUCUGGUGGCCGAGGCCCAGAGAAGCCCGGCUCAGAUGUUGAGUGGCUUUCCCGGGUCUGGCCCUGGCUUCCCCUGAGCAUCCAGCCUGGGCUGGCAGAGAGGCUGGGCCCCCUCCGGCUUCCUGCCCCGCGGCGCGGGCUGUUGAGUCAGCAGCAGUGCCUGGACUCUGAACUUGCGGGAAGCGAGCGGGGAGAUAAGCCGGGGCCCCCGCCCUCCCUCUAGGCCAGGCUGGGGACACUGCAGGGGGCAGGGGGUGGCUCUGCUGCUGGCCCCCUGCGGGCAGCCGGGGAGGAGGGCCUGGUGGCUGGGAGACCCCAAGCUCACCGCUCUGUGUCUGUGGGCGGGGACUUAGCCUCUCCACGCCUCACAUUUCCUCCUCUGGGAAGGCGUGCGGGCUGGGGACUGUCACCUGCGGGACUCUGCACACCUGUGACACGCCAGGCACGGACUUCAGCCAGAAGCUCCACCCAACGCAGGCGACCGUGACCCAGAAGCCGAGGACCAGAGAGACCAGGAGCUUGUUGGGGACCCCCAGCCCAGACCCCGCACAGGUGGCGUUUGACCUCAGAGCAGAGCGAGCCGGCCCAGAGCUGGGGACGCCAGCGCUGCCUGAGAGCGCACGGAGGACGCGGUGGGCAGACACUGCGCCUGUCGGCAGGGACCCUGACCGCCCGCCGUCCUGUGUCCCUAGUGCCUGGCACGCACAGCAGGCGCUCACCGCAUGGACAGCCGGAGGCCUCGUCAUGACAUCAGAGCUGGGAGCCGGCGGGGACCGCGGAAGGCGGCCGGGCACGGCGGCGCAGGCCUGGGUUUGAGCGUCGGCGCUGCUCGGCUUGCCCUGGGAGCCAGGCGAGUGGCUGGCCGCUGCGUGCCUCGGUCUCCCCAUCUGUGAAGUGGGAGCGAGGAGAGGUUUGUGGGAGAUUAAACGCGGCACUGGAGAAUGUUGGCAGGCGGGAGGCCGUCUCGGCAGCAUCUCAGGGAGGCUGGCUCUGGGGGCCUGGCCAGCCACGGGUUCGAGUCGCGUCUCAGCUCCUUGGGAGCCCAGCGAGCCCCCGUUCCCGCUGUGACCCGGGGGUCGGGGUGAGCCCCGCCGCGGCCUGGCGCCAUGAAGCUGAACGAACGCAGCCUGGCCUUCUACGCCACGUGCGACGCGCCCGUGGACCACGCGGGCUUCCUGCGCAAGCAGGGCGCGGGCCGGCCGGCCGCCUCGCACCGCCGCUGGUUCGUGCUGCGCGGCAACCUGCUCUUCUACUUCGAGGAGCCGGCGGCGCGCCAGCCGCUCGGCGUCGUGGUGCUGGAGGGCUGCACGGUGGAGCUGGCCGACGCCGCCCAGGACUUCGCCUUCGCCGUGCGCUUCGCCGGCGCCCGGGCCCGCGCCUACGUGCUGGCCGCCGACAGCCAGGCCGCCAUGGAGGGCUGGGUGAAGGCCCUGUCGCGGGCCAGCUUCGACUACCUGCGCCUGGUGGUGCGGGAGCUGGAGCAGCAGCUGGCGGCCAUGCGGGCGGGGGGCUGCCCGGCCCCGCCGCGCCGGCCCAAGGAGAACGGCUGCGCUGUGUGGAGCAUCGAGGCCGCCCCCGCCUGCGCCGCGGCCGGGCCCGGGCCCCCGACGCCGCCCCCGCGCCGGAGGGCCUCGGCGCCACACGGGCCUCUGGACGGGCUCCCCUUCGCGCAGCUGCACGAGUGGUACGGGCAGGAGAUCCAGGCGCUGAGGGGCCAGUGGCUCAGCAGCCGUGCCCAGCCCUGAGGUCACCAGAGCUGCUGCUUCUGCCACGCCGUGGUCAAGGCCAGCCCCGAGGGCCGCUGCUGGACUCUGGGGGACUCGCCCGGCCCAGCUGCGGGGACGGGGGGCAGUGUGCCCUGUCCUAAGGAGAAGCCCGGGCCCCAGACCCGGCCAAGGCAGCAGCUGGGGCCUGACCGGCCCACUGGACGUCUGUUCCGCCCUGGCAGCUCCUUCCCGGACCCUGGGUGUGGACAGAGAGGGCCUGGCCGGCCUGGCUCCGGGAGCAGCAGGUGGGGGCGACCAGCGGGGAGGCAGGUGGAGCUCCGUGUCUGAGCAGGGGCUGAGCUGGCCUGGCCCCAGGGCCCUCCCACAGCCUCCUGUCACUCCUAGACUGCAUCUUUGGUCCCUCCUGGGAGCAGUGGCUGCCCCACGGCUGGGGCGGGGCCUCAGGAGCUCAGCUGACCUCCAGCGCUGGGCGGGAGCCCGAACUGACCUUCCUGCAGGUUCACCCAGGGAGGGGAGGCACGCGCUGACUCACCGGCCCGGAAGUGCCCAGGUGCUGGCCGGGGGUGGAGCUGUGGCUCCCGAGCCCUCCCCCCACCCCUGCCCUUGGCAGGUGCGGUCACUGGCCUCCUCUGCUCACCGCAGUGCCACUCUGAUCCAAGGCCGUGAGCCUGCCCCCCCCCCCGGAGUGUUUACAGCCCCCACGCCUGGGCCCCUUCCGUUCCCUGAGGGCUGCCUCUGGGCGCGCGGACUCAACUCACUGCCCUCCCGCCUGUCUUUGGGGGGAGACAUGGGGCGGGUGGGUGUGCAGCCCGCUGCUGGCCCCCGUGGGCUGGGGCUUCCUCGUGAAUUUGACCUCUAAAUACCUGGGGAGGGGGUUUCCUCGUUACAGGGCUUUUGUUUGCUGCUGCUGGGGGACUGGCCCUGCUCCCUCUGCCUGGCGCCCCGCCUUCCCCCCAGCAGGUACGGCUGGGGUCCUGGUGCGUCCUCUCCCCUCCCUACCUUGCAGGGUCCACUAGGAGCUGCCCAGGGCCCUGCGUCCCGGCCAGAGGCAGCCGGCAGGGUGUCAGCCCUGGUCCAGGUUUCCAGACCUGAGGGUACGGCAGCCCUGGUCGCCCCCUCCCCAUGGUACGAGGCGUGGGAGGGAAGACGCCGGGGCUACAAUAAAGGUUUGUC